CCAUAACUCAAUUAUACCAAUUUUACUUACCACAUGGCAUUUUCCCAACCAAGUUUUUGGUCUUUGUCGGUGGAAGCUUGGAUAAGUCUCCAGAAGCCUCCCAAAAGCCUCAUUUUGCUUUCUCAUGCCUUCCUCUUCCACCUCCAUCCUUUUCUUCCUUCUUUCUCCCAACCAAGGUUAAGGUGCUUUUAUUAGGUAAGUAUAAGUUUUAGUUAUGAAUUUUGGUUUAGAGUUUUGGAUAGUUUAAAUUAGUGAGAUUUGAUUUUAAUCCCUUGAUUUAUAAGGUUUUUGGGUAUUAAACUUUUAUUAGAAAUAUCAUUAAUUUUGGGCUUAUAUGGCAAAAAUAGUGAGUUAGUCCUUUCUAUUGUGUGAUUUGGGUGUGAUUUAUGCUGCAGAAAUUAGAAGGAAAUUGGAUUAUUUACGAAAUACUGUUCACGGAUUACUGUUUAUCAAUUACUGUUCAUGGAUUACUCUAUGGAGUAAGUGGACCUAAGCUUAACGCUUGGGGUAUUUAGUGGACCCUUCGGGGUAUUCAGUGGACCUCUGCGCAGUAGGGUUAGUACUGUGAUUAGCUCCAGUACAGUGUUGCUAGCACACUUCAGUGGACUCCAUAGCAUUGUGUGAUUUUCGAUUUUAUGCAUUGUGCUUGUGACAUCGUAUUUGUGAGCAUAUAACUUUAGUAUAUGAAUUCAGUUUAAAUGUCAUUGAUUAUUACUUGACAUUGUGUUUAUGAUUUGAUUCCGUUGUGUCUUAUGCUCUUUGUGUGGAUAGGUCUAAGGGUCUUAGGACCCAAGUUUAUAGCUUAAACUUAUUACUUACUGGGCUGUGAGCUCAUAAAAUUCCCCCCCCUUUCAGAUCAGUAGAUCGAGGUAGCAGCGUCUCGGUUUAGGAGCUUUUGGCACGGGACUCGCUUGCUCGUUGUAUGUACAAGCUAGGGCCUCGUGUUUUCGAUAAGGAGGCAGAUCGAUGUGUUACCAAAACCAUGACUCAGCUUUUGUUUUUGAAAAGCUUUGAAGAAGAAUUUGCCUCGUAUAAUUUUUGUGCAAAUUAGCUUUCUGUAUAAAACCUUUAAAUUAAUUAUAAAUGAGCUUAGCUCGGCUUAUUUUAUAACUUCGAAUAUUUUGGUAUUUUCCAAUAUAUAUAUGGUAUUCUUUUUAUUAAAUUGAUUUUCUGAAU